AUGCCUGGAGAUGAGGGUGAAAGCAGAGGAAGUGGAAGCAAUGAUGUUCCAUCCGAACUCAAUGCAGUAUCCGUCACGACUAGGAUUCCAGAUUUUUGGACGGACCAGCCGCGAUUCUGGUUUGCGAGAGCUAACGCGAUUUUGAAGCCGAAAAAGUUAGGCGAUGAAGCUAAUUUUGAUUUACUCAUUUCUAAAAUGAGUAAGGACACACUAACGGAAAUCACGGAUUUAGUUUACAAUCCGCCAGCUACUGGAAAGUGUGAGACCCUGAAAACACGUUUAUUGGCUUUGUAUGAAGAUAGCAAACAUGAUAAAAUUAAGAAGCUAUUGCGAGACAUGGACUUGGGAGAUCAGAGGCCGUCACAGCUUUUACGUCGCAUGAAAGAUCUGGCGAAGGACAAUUUUCCGGAUAGCACACUCAGAAUUUUGUGGGAGGAUCAAUUACCAUCGCAAGUACGAGCAGUUUUAGCGGUCACGGAAUUGACAGAUUUAGAAGCUCUGGCCAAAGUUGCUGAUAACGUUUGCACAGCUAUCAGACCGAUACAGAUUACGGAAGUAGCUCAACAAACUUCAGCGCAUAGUGAUAGUACUACCAUGAUUUAA